GACGCGCUGGGUGUGAGGGCACGGCGGGGCCGCGCCGGGGCUGCCCGCAGCUGCGGGGAGAGCCGCGUCCCCUCCGGCCCGCACACGGCCGCGGGCAGCGGGCGCGGCUGCAGCGGGAGGCCAUUGGGAGCCGGCCGGUGCCCGCCUCCCUGCCGCGGGGGGUGUGUGACAGGCGGGCAGGGCGAGCGCGUCACGCCGCCCGCGCUCCGCCCCCCGCUCCUGCUCCCGGCGCCGCUACCUCGGCCCGGCGCGGGCAGGCGCGGGGCGCAGCCAUGGAGCCCGAGUGCCGGGUGCUCUCCAUCCAGAGCCACGUCGUCCGCGGCUACGUGGGCAACAAGGCGGCCACCUUCCCCCUGCAGGUUUUGGGAUUUGAAGUUGAUACGGUGAACUCUGUCCAGUUUUCAAACCACACAGGCUAUGCCCACUGGAAGGGGCAGGUGUUGAAUUCGGAUGAGCUUCAUGAACUUUACGAAGGACUUAAGCUGAACAAGGUCAACCGGUACGAUUAUGUGCUCACAGGGUAUACAAGAGACACAUCAUUUCUUGCCAUGGUUGUGGAUAUUGUCCAGGAGUUGAAGCAGCAGAAUCCUAACCUUGUGUAUGUGUGUGAUCCGGUGAUGGGUGACAAGUGGAAUGGAGAAGGCUCUAUGUAUGUGCCCAAGGAUCUCCUGCCAGUCUACAGGGACAAAGUCGUACCUGUUGCAGAUAUAAUCACUCCUAACCAGUUUGAAGCUGAGUUACUCACAGGCAGGAAGAUUUACACGGAAAAAGAUGCACUGGAGGUCAUGGAUAUGCUCCAUGCCAUGGGACCAGAGACUGUGGUGAUCACAAGCUCAGAUCUACAGGCGCCUCUAGGAAACGACUACCUGAUUGCUCUGGGAAGCCACAGAAAAACUAAAGCAGAUGGUACCAGGAUAACACAAAGAAUUCGAGUGGAGUCUCCUAAAGUGGAUGCUGUCUUUGUUGGAACAGGAGACUUGUUUGCUGCUAUGCUUCUGGCAUGGACACACAAGCACCCAAACAAUUUGAAGGUGGCAUGUGAAAAGACUGUGUCAGCCAUGCAGCAUGUUCUGCAAAGGACCAUCAAGAGUGCAAAAGUGCAAGCUGGAGAAGGAAACAAACCAAACUCAGCCCAGCUGGAACUGAGAAUGGUCCAAAGCAAAAAGGACAUAGAAAACCCAGAGAUCAUAGUGAAAGCCACCGUGUUAUAAAGGCUCCACGUCUCCAAUAACGCACAAUGUAUCGAUGUCCUCAUUUCUUUCCUGUAAAUUGUAAUAUUUGCCUUAGAUCUGUGACAGAAACCUGACUUUCAUGAAAUAGUGCCCAGCAUAGGCAGAUAUCCACUCUCAAACAUAUGUGCUGGCCUUGCUCAGUUUUAAAAACAGAACAGUUAGUGUGCAUUGAAGCAUAUUCCCAGGUAUCCCAAUGUCUGUCAGAUUCACUUAGUCUGUGUGAUUACCCAGGGCAAGAGAGCAAUGUUCCUGCCUUGCCAAAGACUGUAGAUGUGAAUUUGCUAAUGGAAUGCUUGACUGACUGGAAAAUGUAUUUCAAGAUGGCAUCUAGUGCCAAUGGAGCUGGCUCCAUGCUCCCUUUUCCUGGAGGUACCUGGUUACCUACUCUGGUAUUCAGUAUCUCAGCUGCUAUGAAACUAAGCAGGGUUAAAGCUACACACACAGUUCUGGGUGUGUGUAGGAGUACUUUGAAGAUGUGUGGCAUGUUCAGUACUCUGAAGUGACCUUGAGGUGUCAUUCACGUUGCUGAUCUCUGCUCCUGUUUCUUAUCCAUGAGCAGCUGCUCACUUUCAGUUGUCACAGGUUCUGGCUGCUUAUUUCUCACGUCCAUGGGUGCCCACGUGAUUUUCCUCCAAAAGCUGCUCCAGAAACAUCUUCAUUAACAAGAUCAUGCCUUUAUUCAGUAGCACUGGUUACAGGUGUGGCCUCUGAGGCCAGGCUUGAUUCUCUUAACUGAAGGCAAAAGAGAAAGCUCUUAACCUGAAAUCUGGCUGCCUUGGUUUGUUCAUCGUGGGUGGAUGUAGCUACAAACUACACGGGCACUUCACUUAACAUUAGUGAGAACUGCUGGCAGCCUUAGCAGUGAAGCAAUGUGGGAAAAGUAGUAUUUUUGGUUUAGUAAAUCUGGUCAGUUACACGUGUUUACCAAAUGCAGUGAAACAGAAAAAUUAACUUGUUCAUAUUGUCUCUGCAAGCAAUACCUAUUAGAGAUUACAGAAAUACAUUAUUAUUAUUAUUACUGUUGUUAUUAAUGCACAAUUCUGCUUGAUAAGGCUUCAAAAUGGGAUUUUUAAUCAUUUCAGUGUCCUGUGGAUCACAGCCACAUACUAAAGCAGCAGGGCAGGUCUGCUGACAGGGAUUGGCCACCCACACUUCCAUAGGAUUUCUGUAUAGGAUCCAUGUUCUUGCUUGUCCCAAGAUAAAGUCUACUGUGAUGUUAAAUCCAGAUCCAGCUGAUGAGCUUUACUUGUCUCAGACUGCAUAAGGGGAUGGAAAUUGCAUUUCUGAUUGAUUUCCUCUCCUGCAUUUGGCAUUGAAAGUGAAAAAAAAUCCUGUUACUUGAGAAUUUCAGAGGAAAAAAAUCAGCAGGAAUUUAUCUACAAAACGUGACUCUACUGCCACAGCUUUUAGUAACCACUGUCAUGAAAUGACUUUCUGGGAAUAAUAAAUUUGGUGUUGUGAACAGUUGCUAAAAUUAGCAGUCAGUAACAGAGAUAUGAGCUCAUGGCUGAUACUCAACCUGUAAAAAGAUGUGAACUACCUUGACAGUGUGUACAGGUGUCUGAUGGGAAGCAGUGAAGAGGGAACCAGACUCUUCUCAGUGGUGCCCAGGGAAGUGAUAAAUAAACAGUAGCACAAAUUGAAAUACAGGAAAAUCCAUUUAAACAUUAGAAAAAGAUAAUUCACUGAGAAAGUGAUGAAACCCUGGCACAGGAUGCCCAGAGAGGUUGUGGAGUCUCCAUUCUUGGAGACACUCAGAUGCUGACUGAACAUGGCCCUGAGCAACCUGCUGUACUUGGCCCAUCUUGCUCAGAGGUUGGACCAGAGGAUCUCCAGAGGUCCCUCCUGAACUUCCCUGCCUGUACAGGCAAUGGUCAAUGUCCUUUUAGUAAAUGUGAGAAGGCACAAUUUAUUUUGUCAUUAGAAUAAACAGACUUCCCAAGAGGACUGAGAGAAAGGCAAGGGCUGUUUUCUCUGAAAUAAAGAAGCUUGGAAUUUGGGAAGCUUGGAGCUAUCUUGCAAACAAGGUUGUAAUUGUGAACUAUGGUGAGCCAUGAUCUUAACAUAAAAGACAAAGUGAUAUGUUUCUUGGAGCAGUUUAUACCUGUCAGCUGUAAUAAUUUCCCACUUCUUCAGAGAAUGGAUCCAUUCAGUAAUUCACACCUUCCUUAGAAUCUGUGACAUAUCCAUGUUAAAAAAAGAAAGAAAAAAAAAGAAUAUUCAUACUAAAGUGUUUAAUUUGCAAAAGUUCUUAUUUCAGUAGGAACUGAAAUCCUGUAGCUGGAUCCUGUAGUAAUGGGCUGCUGGCUUCAUCUGCUUGAGUCCCUGAGGGUUGCUCAUGUGAUACCUGUUUUAAACUCCCACUGACCCGAUCUAGAUUAGGUCAGGUGUAUGUCUUCAGUGAAGAAUUGGGCUUAACAUCUCUUGCCAGGAACAAACAUCAGAAAUUAUCUGUAAAUAUAUUCUGUAGCUAAUGUUUUGUAACCGCAGCAGGCUAACAGGUAUUUUUGAAUGUCAAGGUACACAUUUUUAUUUGUUUAGAGUUACACAAAGCUCAUGUGCAGAACAAAAUUCAGAGACUCAGCACAGUCCUGUCAAAUAUUUCAUUCGCUCCUCCUGCAUAUAAUAGCUGCAUCUUUUCUGCUGUCUGUCUGAUGCAGCUGUAGUGUCUGUGUCAGACAGUGCCCUCUGUUUAUUUAGGGGCUUGGAGGAGACUGACCAGUCUGAUUCACUUGCACACCUUUAGUUAAAGAUAAAAGGUUACUCUAAACUAGCUUAGGUCCUAACUGAUGACAGGAGAACAAGCACUUUAGCCCAGAGAGUUCUGUGAUAAGGGAUGAUCUCCCCAGGCCAUCCUGAGAGCAUGAAAGGUGUAACCCAGCAGUCCAGCACUCACCAGCAGGGACUGGUGGCUUCACUGCCACCAGGCUUCUCAUGCUGCAGCACCUGGAGGCAUGGGAGAGGUGAACACCUUGUGUCCACUCCGCUUCCCUAACAUUCUUUCUUCAUUCUGGAAUUAAUUUGUGUGGGAUCCCCUUCUCCUGCAGUGAUUUGCAGUGCCUGUGGCCACUGCUCAAGUCCACCCACUCGUUUUUGGAGCCACCUGUGUAGGAGAGACCAAAAGUUGUUUACAAACCAUCUACUCUGGGCCUGGAUUAGUCUCUACAUGCUGAGAAUUGAAACGUGCAUAAAGACAUUGUGCUAAAAGCAGUGCUAUUCACGCUCAAUAGAAACACUUCAGAAACCUGCAGUAUGAAUUGUUAAUGUUUAUGUGCUGAUUUUUAUCUCAAGUGGGGAGAAAUCUAUAAUCCAUGUGUUAUACAAAAGGAUUGGAGGACCAAGGUUUCCAGCUACUCAUACUGCCUUUUGAGUAUCUUAACUAUGUCUUGAUUGGAUGGUGUUAAUUUUUUUGUCUAAGACUGUUAUGGUGAUUGUAUUGAUUAAUUUUAUUUUAAAAUAUGUGGCAAGGAAGAUUGUAAUAAAAGUAUCUACGUUUAUUAUACUGUGCACACACCAAUUGUUAGAUCCUAUUUUUAAAUAUGUUAAUCAUUUCAGAAUUAAACAGCACAAGAAUGGUUUGAUAGUCUUGCUGAAUAAAGUGGAUGUAAUUAAA